UCGCGCCCUGGGGGGGUCGGUCUCGUGACUGACAGCCUGGCCCUGCACAGCUUAGAGGGAGCGGAAUUCCCAUCUCCCUCGAUGUCACAGCAUCAUGGAGGAGGUGGACAGGAUCCUCAUACAUUCCCUUCGCCUCUCUGGGACGGACAUCCCCGACGAAGUGCAGAGCAUCCGCGAAUUCACCACCGAGUUGAUUGUCGAGGCCGUCGUGCGAUGCCUCCGGGUCAUUAACCCUUCCGUGGGGGCCAGCCUGAGCCAUAUCCUGCCUCCCGGGAUGUCCGCCCGCUUCCGGAUCGGCAUGAGCCUGGCGCAAGCCUGUCAGGACUUGGGGUACCAAGGGGAAGUCGGCUACCAGACCUUCUUAUACAGCAGCGAGCCGGAAAUCCGACGCCUUCUCCUCUUCCUUGUGGAGAAGCUGCCACGCGAUGCUUCGGAAGAUGCCAGCCAGCCUGUGGGCAAAUCGACGACACUUCACAGAGCGAUCGCCGCUACCGUCAAGGAGCAACUGGCCAUCCCUUGGGUGCCCCCAACCUGCCGUACCCCCCGCCUGCAGCUGUUACAGGGUUCGUGCCUGUUGAAGCAAUUCCAAGCUCGGCCUUUGGUCCUGCCUCGGGAGUCGGGACCAUCCAGUGGGAAGCUGCCCCAAGAGAGGAAAGACUACUUCGUCCACUUCCUGCCCCCGGUGUCCGCCCAGCUUCCCCGACCUGCGUCUUUCGCACCGUCCCUGUUGGAGCACAACGCGGCCGACCUGAGCGCAGCCCAGGACUGGGAGAACGAGUGGAAGAGUCAAGGCCUCGGAUCGCGCAUGUCUCCUGAGGAAUACCGCCAAUGGAAGAACCAGCGGCUGCAGCGUCGCCUCCUGGACCAGUUACGCCAAGCGUGCCCCCAGGCUGGGCCCGAGGCGGAGCCUGCAACCCAAAUACAGACGCCGCCAAUCUCCCGAACCUCCGAACAGGAAUCACAGGAAAGACAAGCAGCUGAAGUGGAGGCCUUGGAAAGUGAACUGGGCCGCCUUGUGGGGCAAAUUGAGGCGCUGGAAGGCCAGAUGGCCACCCUCGGACUGACUCUCACACAGGUGGAGGGAGAGGUGCGGCAGCGGCAGCUGGGUGCGACCGAACUGGAGCAGACCUUGCGCGUGAAGGGCCGGACCGUGGAGCUGUUGCCUGACGCGGAAAACAACAUGGCCAAGCUGCAGGUGGUGGUGGAGAGCAGCGCGCAGCGGAUCAUCCAGCUGGCCGCCCAGUGGGAGAAGCACCGAGUGCCGCUCAUCCAGGAAUUCCGGGAGCUCAAGGCCCUGCAUGACUCCAAGGAGCUGGAGUCAUCCCGACGCCUCUCGGAGAUCAGGGAACUGCAUGAGCGGAUCCGGUCGGCCGCUGACGAGGCCAAGCGCAAAGACGAUCUUUACAAGCAGUUGCUGCUGGAGCUGGAAUCCCUUCCCAAAGACGUCUCUCGCUCUGCCUACACCCAGCGCAUUCUGGAGAUAGUCAGCAACAUCCGUAAGCAGAAAGAGGAGAUCACCAAGAUCCUGUCUGACACUAAGGAACUCCAGAAGGAGAUCAACAGCCUGACUGGGAAGCUCGACCGGACUUUUGCUGUCACUGAUGAGCUGGUGUUUAAGGACGCCAAGCGAGAUGAGGCUGUGAGGAAAGCAUACAAGUACUUGGCAGCCUUACAUGAGAGCUGUAGUCAGCUGAUCCAAACAAUCGAAGACACAGGCACCAUCUUGCGCGAGAUCCGGGAUCUUGAGGAGCAGAUCGAGAGCGAAACCAGCAAGAAGACUCUGAGCAACUUGGAGAGGAUCCUCAGCGACUACCGGGCCCUGAAGCAGGAGAACGCGGCGCUGCUGAGCCGGACCCGGGAAACCUGAAGAGCUCCGUCCCGUGCCCCGCCCACUCGCCUGGGUGCUUCCCCCAUUCGGACUCCGCGGUGCCUCUUAACCCGCAGGGGCGUGGAGAGCAAGCAAGGCUUCCCUUUCCGGCCUCUGUCGGCCUCACGGAGUGGCCUAGAAACCCAGCACGUUUUGCCAGGGGGGGGACGGACCUGCAAGGUCACCCUUCCGGCAUAGAUUGUACGUUGAAGAAACCCAGGGAUUGGUUCCGUCCCUUAUUGGUUGAAACCAACACCCUCUUUUGCGUCCUCCCCCCCAAAACAAUAAAGUU